AUGAGUGAGUACGAUAUUGCAAAAAAUGAUGUAACAUAUACCAAGUUAGAUACAAUAGAAUGUGAUAUACCAAUAAAUGAAGAGUUAUCAUGGAGAAUUAAUAAAUUUGUGAAUCAGUUAAGAAUAUCUUAUUCAACAUUAGAAGAAUUUGUAGACAAUUUUGUAUAUGAAUUAAAGAAAGGUUUAGAAGCUCAUCGUAAACAUCCAAAUUUAUGGAUUCCUCAUGAGUGUAGUUUUAAGAUGUUGGAUUCGUGUAUUGCUAAUAUUCCUACUGGUCAAGAGAAGGGUACAUAUUAUGCUAUAGAUUUCGGUGGUACUAAUUUUCGAGCUGUAAGAGCUUCAUUAGAUGGAAAAGGAAAAAUAAAGAGAGAUCAAGAAACAUAUAGUUUAAAAUUUACAGGAUCAUAUUCUCAUGAGAAAGGUUUAUUAGAUAAGCAUGCAACAGCAUCACAAUUAUUUGACCAUUUUGCUGAAAGAAUUAAAUAUAUUAUGGGGGAAUUUAAUGAUUUAGAUAAUAAAGAAGUGAAGAGUGUUGGAUUUACCUUUUCUUUCCCUUGUACAUCACCUUCAAUUAAUUGUUCAAUUCUUAUUGAUUGGACAAAGGGAUUUGAAACAGGUAGAGCUACGAAUGAUCCUGUAGAAGGUCGUGACGUAUGUAAAUUAAUGAAUGAUGCUUUUGUAAGAGCUGCUAUUCCAGCCAAAGUAUGUUGUGUAUUGAAUGAUGCUGUUGGUACUCUUAUGUCAUGUGCAUAUCAAAAAGGUAGAGGUACCCCACCAUGUUAUAUAGGUAUUAUAUUAGGUACUGGUUCUAAUGGUUGUUAUUAUGAACCUGAAUGGAAGAAAUAUAAGUAUGCUGGAAAAAUUAUAAAUAUCGAAUUUGGUAAUUUUGAUAAAGAUUUACCUACAUCACCCAUCGAUUUAGUUAUGGAUUGGUAUUCAGCUAAUCGUAGUAGACAAUUGUUUGAAAAAAUGAUAUCUGGUGCUUACUUAGGUGAAAUCGUAAGAAGAUUUAUGGUAAAUGUUUUACAAAGUGCAUGUUCUAAAAAGAUGUGGAUUAGUGAUAGUUUCAAUUCAGAAUCUGGUAGUGUUGUAUUAAAUGAUACUUCAAAAAAUUUUGAAGAUAGUAGGAAAGUUGCUAAGGCUGCUUGGGAUAUGGAUUUUACUGAUGAACAAAUUUAUGCCUUACGUAAAAUUUGUGAAGCUGUAUAUAAUAGAUCUGCAGCUCUUGCUGCUGGUACUAUAGCUGCUAUAGCUAAAAGAAUCAAAAUUAUUGAACAUUCUAAAUUCACUUGUGGUGUUGAUGGAUCCUUAUUUGUUAAAAAUGCUUGGUAUUGUAAAAGAUUACAAGAACAUUUAAAAGUUAUCUUAGCUGACAAAGCUGAAAAUUUAAUUAUUAUUCCAGCAGAUGAUGGUUCAGGAAAGGGAGCAGCCAUCACAGCAGCAGUCAUCGCAUUAAAUGCGGACAUUCCACAAUUACCAUAA